CUAGCCGUGACAAGUCGUUGAUUGCUUCGGUCAAAGAAAAUUUUGUAACAAUGUUCAGGCAAAUUGCUAUUGUUCUCGUGAGUGUGGCUGUGGCUACUGCCGCGCCUUCCGGUCUCUGGGGAGGAGUGGCACUCGGUGGGCCCGUUUUGGGGCCAUCUGGCAUCGCCGGCCCUGUCAUUGGCCCGCACGCCCUCUCCGGACCCGCCGCUGGGCCCGCCAGAAUCUCCGGCGCUGUCGAUGGCGGCGCUGUUGUCACCGGAUCCGUUGCCGGACCUUCCGUUGUCUCCGGAAGCGUCGUGGGGGGCACUGCUAUCUCUGAACCCUCGCUGGGAUGGGCUGGACUCGGCGCUGGAUGGGCUGGACAUGGCGUCGCCCUUGCCGGACCCUACGCUGGUCCCGCCGCCAUUUCUGGGCCUGCCGCCCUCCCUGCUGUCGUCCGCGGACCCGCCGGAAGCAUCGUCGCCGGCGGCCCAGCCUGGGGAGGACACUGGUAGGGCUCUCACCUGAAGCUUCACCCGGAGAUACCCGACUGACCAUUUUCAAUCUUCGAAUUCAGCUAUGAUUACGUGUCAUGAUCUCUCUUCCUUCUUUUACCGCUAUAGUACCUCUUGACACUUUCAAUUUUUCGAAUUGAUUUUGUGUAUAUAUUAACGAAUAUUUCGUGCAUGUAUGGAUACUAUUGGUAGAAAUAAAAAUUGCAUUUUGAG